GCUCUUUUUACCUUUACUGUUGUUCCUACGGUGCACUCAUCCAACAUCCAACAUCCAACAUCCAACACCCAACAUCCAACGCAUUAAAAUGUGAAACCACGGAGGUGUUCAUCUUAAGCUUCAUCGCCAACUUCAAACCAUACCAGACCCAAAGAUGUACAUACCUAGGUACAUAGUAUCGUUGGUAUUGGUAGUGCCAAGACUAUAAAAGGUCCUGUAACAUCAUAACAUCAUCCUCUCUUAUGCCUACCUAGGUACUCUCUACUCCUUUGCUGCCCAUCUAAUAACAGUGGCAAUAUACCCUCUUACAGCACUUGGCUAAAUAGUAUAUCCUCCCCAUCCACCGGGUACCUAACUAAAAUCUGAAUAUGAUGUGAUUUUCCUGAUAUCCCCAUGCAUUCUCAUACAUCUUUUCCAUUUCCAUAGUCUGUGUAAAUACUAUCUGUCUCCUGGUGAGGCGCAACGAGCCUAAAUGAAAGACCUACUUUAUCUCAUCCCCCUUUUAGCAAUACUUACUUCGAGUGUUGUGGCCCUCAACUUUACAGUUGCCGGUGGUCAAAUAUUUACCCCCGGCUUCGCUGUUCUUGAUGCGCCUCAGCCUGGAACCCCUUUAGGUGGGGACACAAUUGAGGUGGCUCUCGAUGUAACUGCCAAUGGCAAGUUACGCCUUCCUCCAUACGGUAAUGACAGCCCGAGUCGAAUCAACAACAUCACCAUCUUCCUCUAUAGUUAUGUCACCGGAAGGAACUUCACCAUAACGAAUGGGACUGAAUCAGCAAAUGACGCCACCUUAGGCGACAUAAUGCAGUCUGAGUCGGGAAGCACCGUGAAGCAUGUGAAAUGGACCUGGCCACAAUGUCUAAUUGGUGAUGGGAAGCCAACCACCACCGACAGUGAUCGUGGGGCCUAUAAUAUAUCCAUUCGCCAGAACUUCCGUCUCAACGGAGAGGACCACUACACCAUCUUCGAUGUACCAAUCUCUGUCACAAACAAGAUAGAAUUCACUGGUGGCAACCCGUCUUGCGACUCGGUCAACAACCCUCUGCUCUCGCCGGAAGAGAUUGACGCCGAAUCUGCUAAUAGUGUCGGCGUCUUAUUUGCGCCAGGGGAUUCGACUGUGAUCCAACAGCCUGCAUCCACUAGUAGUACUGGUAGUGAUGGAGGGGGCAGUGGAAUCGGCCCCGACAAGCCGGAAGCAAACCCAAGUGAUGGUCUUGGUAGCGGUGCUAGCAUGGUUCGAUGGACAUCGACAGCACGUAGGCUUUCCGUUUUAUCUAUCGUCUACUUUUUAUUCCUAUAAUUAGUCUCUUCAUGAAGCAUGAAUCAAUAACGACGUACCGAUAUAUCGACUGAUUCUAUCUUGCUUGAAAUUCGCCAAUCCCCUGGAUUGAAGCUCCAUAUGUAGCACAUAAGUUUUACCUCGACUUCAUCUAGAGAGGUUAGCAGGGACUUUCUUUAUAAGGUCGUGUUCCUAGGCACGUAGUAACAUAGGGCCCCUAUUUCGAGCUCUUCCCCCCUUUACAUGAGAACCAUACAAUAUGAGUCAUAACUAAGCCGACGUGGUAUUCCUCCACGUGGCUCUUAGUAUAUUUCUUUCAUCUCACCAGGAGUCUUCGCCGGUUUACCUAGCCUUAACAUGCGGACGAGGCAACAUAUGAGGUGAAGUUUGCCAGUGCAUAUC